GGAGGAAGAUGAGCCUCAAGUCCGAACGCCGAGGCAUCCAUGUCGAUCAGUCGGAGCUGCUCUGCAAGAAAGGAUGCGGUUACUAUGGCAACCCUGGAUGGCAGGGCUUCUGCUCCAAGUGCUGGAGGGAAGAGUACCAAAAGGCCAGGCAGAAGCAGAUCCAGGAGGACUGGGAGCUUGCUGAACGGCUGCAACGUGAGGAAGAGGAAGCCUACGCCAGUACUCAGCACCCUCAAGGGGCCCAGUCGCUCACGUUCUCCAAGUUCGAAGAGAAGAAGACCAAUGAGAAGUCACGGAAAGUGACAACCGUGAAGAAAUUCUUUGGGGCUUCUUCCCGGGCAGGAUCCAAGAAAGCCGCUCAGGAGACCAGUCUUAACCCUGGACAGCUCGGGAAGGAGCGCGGUGCUGAUAACCUUCUCAGGGACUUGAAGGAGAUUUUUACUCCGCCCUGGGAACUCCCUUCCCCUACUGAAGUGCUCGCUGGCAAGCUGAGAGAGGUCCAGGAAGCCAAGGCCGCCAGUCCAAUAAGCAGGCAAGUCAGUAUCGAAACUGACAGAGUGUCCAAGGACUUCUGUGAGUUCUUGAAGACCUACAACAAACCCGGGCAGGAGAUCUACAAACAGUGCAAACUGUUUCUGGAAGCCAUGCAUCACAAGCGGGAGCUGAGUAUUGAAGAACAGUCUGAAUACACCCAGGACUUCUAUCAGAACGUGGCAGAUAAGCUGCACGCCCGCUGGAAAGUGUCUCCGGAAAAAGUGGAAAUGGUGAUGGACCAGAUUGAGAAGUUCAUCAUGACCCGCUUGUAUAAGUAUGUUUUCUGCCCAGAAACUACUGAGGACGAGAAGAAGGACCUUGCUGUUCAAAAGAGAAUCAGGGCUUUGCAUUGGGUGACUCCACAAAUGCUGUGUGUUCCUGUUAACGAGGAAAUCCCUGAAGUCUCUGAUGUGGUGGUGAAAGCAAUCACAGACAUCAUUGAGAUGGAUUCGAAGCGGGUCCCGCGUGACAAGCUGGCCUGCAUCACCAGCUGCAGCAAGCACAUCUUCACUGCCAUCCGGACCACGAAGAACGAGCCGGCCUCCGCGGAUGACUUCCUGCCCACCCUCAUUUACAUCGUUCUGAAGGGCAACCCGCCCCGCCUGCAGUCCAACAUCCAGUACAUCACUCGGUUUUGCAAUCCCAGCAGGCUCAUGACAGGGGAGGAUGGCUAUUACUUCACUAACCUGUGCUGUGCCGUGGCCUUCAUAGAGAAGCUGGACGCGCAAUCGCUAAACCUGAGCCAGGAGGACUUUGACCGUUACAUGUCUGGCCAGGCAUCUCCAAAGAAGCAGGAACCUGAGAACUGGUCGGCAGACAUGUGCGUGGGUGUCCGGCAGAUGUACAGGAACCUCGAUCUCCUCUCCCAGCUCAACGAGCGGCAGGAGAGGAUCGUGAGCGAAGCCAAGAAACUGGAGAAAGAUCUGAUUGACUGGACCGAUGGAGUCGCCAAGGAAGUCCAAGAGAUAGUCGAGAAGUAUCCCUUGGAGAUCAAGCCCCCCAACCCAGCCUUGGCGGCCAUUGACUCUGAAAACGUCGAGAAUGACAAACUCCCGCCACCGUUGCAACCUCAGGUGUAUGCGGGAUGAUAGCCGCUUCCGGGGCAGGAGCAGACAUGUUCCUUCAUGCUGCUUUUUUGCUUCUUGGCGGGUGACUUGAGAGAUGCAUCAGAUGAGCUUAAAGCCGGCACAUUUUUUUAGUGGUACUAAUUACUGGCAGGGGUCCCCGACAGUGUUUGUUUUAGCCAGAAAAAGGUUUGUUUUCAGGGUUGCGUGUUUGGUGAAGGUGAACUGAGUUUAACUACUUCUUUUUUUUAACAUGACUCCAGUGUAAUUUUAACGGAACACCCAGGGGUUCAUGUGUGACGUUUUUCCCUUCCAGAUGAGGGUCUGUUUUUUAAAUCAAUUGAGGUGUGUUUGGCCCUCCCCAGAUUGACAAAAUGAUCAGCACUUUGCAGAGGAAUGCCAAGUUGGACCUUUGAAAGGAUGCUUUUGGGUUUUUUUUUUUUUAAAGGAAAUCUAUUGUAAAAUAACUAUUUAAAAUUGUACAUAGGA